UGCUAAGAUGUACCUGUUCUUAAACCCUUUUAACUGGAAAACUUCCCUUCUUCUCUUUAUGUUUAAAUUUGUCCUUUUAGACACCUGUAUCAGAGAUGAUUUUUCUCAAAUUGAUUUAGUUCUGCCCUUCUCUGGAGAAAUUGUAAAAUUAUUAGUUGGGUUUCAAAUUAUGACCUUUUGACUAUUUUCUCUUCUGAGCUAAGCCCCCCCUGCAAGGGUAAUUGGUUUAAAUGUGGAGUCUUUUUUUUUUCUUUUUUUUUUUUUAUGCUGUUUUAUGCAAGCCUUCAUAUCCAAAUUAUAGUUUAUUAAGCCUCCAUCAUGAAGAUGAACUAUGCUGUUUGUUUUUAGUACAUCUUAUUUCUGCUAUCAGUUUUUGCUGCAUGAGGUGAGAUGUAGUGGUGCAUUAUUCAUCUGGGCGUAUCUUGUGUUGAUUCUAGGUGAGUAUUGGUUCAUUGAGAUGGAUUUUUUUGGAGUUUUGAUCAGAAUCUAGUUAUGCAUUGUAAAAUUUUUCAAAAUCCCAACCUUUUUUUGGUUUCAGAAUGACGCCUAGAACAAUCAACUUUCUCUUGAUCUAUUGUACCAUCCCUACUCUAAAUGUCCAUGACCUUUUUGGGAGGUAAAGCUUUGGGAUGUCCACUAUCAACCAAAAAAACACGAACUUAAUCACAUGGAGUCCAGGAUUGUGGCUUCUAUUGAAUCAGUGGUCACAUAAUCUCCAAUAGGGGCUAGUCCGUGCACAAAACAUUCAUUCUUAUUUUGAAAGCGAAUUUUGCCCUAAUAUAUAGAUCAUUCUUGCCUUUUCUUUUGUUUAACAACAAAUAAGUACUCAUGAAAGAACCUACUGGAAGCUCUUUCUACUUUAAUUUGUUUUUAUAAAAACUUGACUGGUUCUGUAGAGCAUUUAAAUAUUUGCUCAUGCCAACUACAAUCUUGUGUCAUAUUCACAGAAUAGUGCCCACCCUGGAGUUGCUUCCAAUAUGAAAAAUUUUAGAAUUUACUCUGCUUCUGUGAACUUCGAUUAGACCGACCUCGAUUUGCAUUUUUAUUUGAUCGAAGGGGUGGUAGCUUAGUGUUAUGUCACCUGUACAAGAACAUAUAUCUAUUCUUUGCCAUCACCUAUGCUUUGGCUGGAAUGGGGUCAUUCAUUUCUCGUGUUGCAAGGCCCCUGUCAAGGGUUUCCAGCCACAGGCAAGUGUGUUAAGAGUUAGCAUCUUUUGAUUGAGGAAGGAUGAUAUGGGGGAAUUAUGUUGGAAUUGUAAGAUUAAACAAAAUGGAUUAAGUUAAGAGUGUGCAUCAGUGCAUCACUAUGGUUCAUAAGAUUUCCAUCAGUUCAUAUAAGUGGGUCACAAUAUUGGAGUUGUCCAACACUCAUCUCUGGUACACUCUCUUAAACUAUAGGUUGGGCUUCAGAUUUUAGCGGCAGCCUGAAUUUUACCAGGUUGAGCCACACUUGAGGCAUUAAACUACAGGGGGUUAUAGUCUUGGGUUAGGUGAGGGUAGGUUGGUUACCAACCUUGCUUCUUAUAAAGAUCUGAUACACAAUAAAAUCUAAUGUACAAGGCAUUGCUUUUAGAAAUUCAGUUCCGGGUAGAGCUUGGUGGUGAAAAUCAAUUCUUGUAGGAUGAUGGCUAGUAUGGUGGUGGAGGGAUCAAGGACAUUGGGUUUGUCUGCGUGGUCAUGGAAGUGGUAAUGACAGCAGUGGGCAAUACUUUGAUUGUGGGUGUUAAUGUUUUGGGUUCUGUUGAGGAGUAUGGUAUUGUGUUGAUCGUUUUUGGGUUUUGUUGGUGGGUGUUGUGUUUGGCACUUUGGCUGGGGUUUUGCUUGCGUUGUGGUGAUGGUGGUAUGCUGUUAGCUGACUGAGGAUUGUCAUGGUUGAGGGUAGGGUCAUCUUGUGGCAAAUGGUGCUAGUUUGUUGGCUGUUUCACUAAGAUCUAGAGAUGUUAUUUUGCCUUUAGAGCUCCUCCCUCACGGACCCUUUGGAAGCCCACUUGCCUUAAAAGUAGUACCCAUUUGGACAUUUUGAAAUCCUUUUGGCCUUUAUAUUAAUAUUACUACUAUUGGAGGAUUGAGGAUUAAAGUAGCUCUAAUGAGAAGCCCACAUCCACUUGUUUUGCCUGAGUUAAGGCUGCAGCUAAUGAGUUUGUGCCUCUAUUCCUUCUGGGAACAUUGUUGAAUGUCUAUCCAUCUAUAGCUAUAAGUAAGCCCCAGAAAUAUCUAAUUUUAUCUAGCGUUAUGCAAGGAAUGUAAUCAGGUGUGGUUGCUAUAUGCUUGUGGAUGUGAGAAUUCGAGUUUUUGGUUUGAAUUGCCUAUCAAAGAUGGCCCCUGGAUUUUGAUUGCUAUCUUCUGUGGAUUACAUUGUCUAACUUUGCUAAUCCAGUAGUAGUGUCAUGUGUGACUCGCACUGGCGUUUUGCUCAAGUGGUUGUGGUUGAGUGAAGACUUUAAUUGUAUUUGGAGAUAUCUUUCCAAAGUAGCUCGUCACAUCCCCUUAAAAUGACCUUGAGGAAGUUAUCUUUUGUUGUAAUGCUUACUUCCAUCAGAAUGCAGGCACGGAGUAGACAGAUUGUGGUUGUCACUCCAGUUUGCCCAAGGUAGAUUGUAUUUAUGAUAGGUGAAGGCCUACUUGAGUUGGAAACAACCAUAAAUACUUGUAUUGAGUUUUGAUCUGCUGUUUACAUGGUAGUCAGAAAAUUCUCCUAAUCAGGUUGGUUUAGAAUUGCAAUGAGAUGGUUCAAGUCACAUGGUGGAAGAACCUGGACUCAUCCAUUGGGAAGGAGAGAAUUGCCAGGGCAGCUGUUUCUUGUUAAACGGUGGAAAGCUUAAUAUUUUUUUAAUGGGAGCUGCCCUAUCGUCCUCAUCUCUAAUGUUCAAGUGUCAAAGAGAAGGGAUCAUGCAUACAGCUGAUGCAAUCAUAUUUUUGGGGAAAAAACUCCUCUUAUUGUAAAGAGCCUCCUCCACUCUUCCAAGGGACAUAAAACUUCUUUUUGUAUAAACAAAAUAUGGGCAUGGUUGAAGCUCUUGCGGAAUGUAAAGAUUCAAAAUCCCUUGUGUUUUUGUUUUUUCUCCUGUGCUCCCUUAUCCUGGAGUGCAUGUGCUCAACCCGAUCCCAAAUUGAAAGGCCAUGUUGACUGGCCCAUGGCAGAUUGGGCUGUUGAGGUGGAAAAUGGGAAGGUUGGACUUGGACCUGAAACUGAAAACCCCUGCCCAUGCCAUCCCCCCUGCGUCCUUCCAAAGGUCCAACGUCCAAGUACCAUGAACUGUUUUGCAAGUUGCAUAUAAAUUACAAAUUACGGUGUGACGGGCUACUCAGCUACAGCCAGUAAAAACAAAUUUAACUGGUUGCCGAUUUUUACCUGAGUCGGGUGAGCGAUUAUGUCCAAAACCGCCUCACAUCCAUGAUCCAUCCGUGUCUAUAAAUAAAUUCAUGUACCCCAUUUCUCUCCUUAUCCAAGAUUCGGAGAAGAAGAAGACAAACGUCAUCUUUCGCCAUUACCUUCACAAACUCUUCUUCUUCUUCUACUUCAAUGGCUCCACCUCAAAUUCCAAUCCUGCUUCUCCAGCUCCUAUUUCUCUUUUCAGGUGCAUUUUCAGCGACAUUUACGAUAGUUAACAAGUGCAGCUACCCAGUGUGGCCGGGUAUCUUAUCAAACGCUGGAACAGCACAGCUCCCCACCACUGGUUUUGCUCUCCAACCUGAUGAGUCCAAUUCCCUAUCCCUCCCUACUGCCUGGUCAGGUCGGUUGUGGGGUAGAACACUCUGUAGCGCCGACUCUGCUGGUAAGUUCACUUGUAUCACCGGCGACUGCGGCUCCGGUACAUUGGAAUGCUCUGGUGGCGGUGCCGCCCCACCCGCCACCUUAGCAGAGUUCACCCUGAACGGCGCCAAUGGCCUCGACUUCUAUGAUGUCAGCCUGGUGGACGGCUAUAACCUCCCCAUGUUGGUGGCACCUCAGGGUGGCACCGGGGGUAACUGUACUAUCACCGGUUGCGUCGCUGACCUAAACGCGGCUUGUCCGUCGGAGCUCAAAGUGAGCAGCAUCGAAGGCGGUGAGGGGAGUGAGAGCGUGGCAUGCAAAAGCGCGUGUGAGGCGUUUGGGGAUGCGCAGUACUGCUGCAGCGGGGCGUACGCGACUCCAGACACGUGUAAGCCCAGUGCAUAUUCUGAGUACUUCAAAAGCGCCUGCCCCCGUGCUUACAGCUACGCCUACGAUGAUGGUAGCAGCACCUUCACCUGUGCAUCCGCCGAUUACACCAUCACUUUCUGCCCUUCUCCUGCCACCAGUCAGAAAUCGGCGGGAGGGCAGUAUCCUCAGGCGGUGGAAGUCUCAGCGGCUGCUGCCAAUCGUUUCACGUCAUUCAACUCCAUCAUUGCCGUAGCUAUCGCCACCGUAGCCGCAAUUUGGCAAUGGCGGUAGCUGGAUACAAACACAAACUUCUACACCCCCUUCUUGAGUGGGGGGGCUGGGCUUGGCCAGCAGCCAAUUCCAAUUCAGAUUAUAUCACAAUGCUUUCAAAUACCCAAUUACAGAAAAGACAGAGGAUUAGAGGACAAUAUUGCACCAAGUCAAACGCUUUUUUGUCAUUGCCGGUGGCUUUCCACUCAGCCUGAAAACAAGAAUUGAUACCUUGAUGUGAUGGCGGUGGUGUCAGAUAAUGAAUCUAGCGCCGGCCAUUACUUAACUUCCAUUUUCCUAUUAUUUAGGCUAGCAAUUUUCAAUUUCCAAUAUUGAAAUAUUUGAGUAGCUGGAGAAUGUAGUAUAUGUAGAAGUAGAACCACUUGCCUAUAAAUGCCAGGCUUUCAAUUCUUUGCUUAUUUCUUAUUAUAUCAUGUCGGCUUUUGGAUAGUAGUCUUU